AAAGGCACCAUCUAUUGUUAAUUUCAGAAAAAAUAAAAACAGAAGCUGCAACAAUGAAGAAGAGCUCCAUGCCUCCUCAUCCUUUAUACUCUCCCAUUCUCGAAGAGCCUGAGAAACAAGAAGCCAAAAGCUUUAGGGUACUCGAGAAAGGACCUGCUGCAAGGUCUCAUGCUGAUCUGGAUCAAAACAAAGAGGCAGCAGCUGCAGCACCGAAGAAGCUAGAGAGGAAGACAACCGAAGACAUCAAUGAAAGCGCCGAUGCAUUCAUCAAGAAGUUCAGAAAGCAGCUGAUGAUCCAAAGGCUAGAGUCGAUCGAGAAUUACGAGCAAAUGCUAGCAAGGGGGCUCUAAUAGAGAUCAUAUAUCAUCCUAAAACUUCCAUGAUGCAUGUUCAUGAUCUACUACUACUAUCAUAAAACUUCUGUCAGAGGGAUUCACAUAUGAGGAUGUCAAGCAAUAAGUCAUAACGUGAUGUAAUAAAUUUAAGGGUAAAUUACUGGUCACACCUUGUACUUUGGUGCGUCGACA